CUGGCUCCCGUGCUCUUUUUCUGCUCGCAUCGCUUGCUACAACCCGAAGCCAAGAAAGACUGUGCGCUGUCCCCAGCACAGCCGACAGGAAAAAGAUCGGUGAGCAAAAUCGCCGCCGCACUGCUGGCAUCGCUUGUCAAAUCGCACUGUCAAGCGAAACAAGCUCACACAAGUCCAUCGUGCGACAAACCAGCAAUGUUGAACAUGUCUGGCGCUACAGAAUCAAGACCUCCGUCUUCCAUGGCUUCGGCGAUUUCUCCAUCGGCUGAAGCUGAAGCAAGCUUUGGACGCGCACUCCACGAGAAGGCCGAAAGCAAAGAUGCCGAGGAUCAUGGAACCAUACUUCAACAUGACACACCAAGCGCAGCCGAAAUGCCCUCUUCCGGCUUUGCUUUCGGGUCAUUGGUCUUGCCGGAGUGGCCUCAGUCCAAUGCAGGCCGUACUGUGCCUGUUGACGACAAAUUAAGGGGUAACGAGCGCGCUCAACCCCUGCCCGCAGACGAUCUGCAUACUCAAGAGCCAGAGCAGACUUCGCACCAUCCUAUGACCACUGGGGACGACAGUAGCCCAUCUGCCACAUUGCCACAGACCACAUCGCUCAAGAAAACCGAUUUGCCAGAUGUGUUAGCCCGAGCCUCCACUUCUGAGCAACAUGCGACCUUCUCUCAACAAGAGAAUAAGUAUGCAACCCUUUCGCCUCGGGGCACUACAGCUUCUGCUUCUGGGAUACACUGUUGUCCCGGCCCAUACGCGUGUGUGGAGCGCGAUCGCAAGUCCACUAAGCUUUGGCAAGGAGCACGUAUUUUGCCAGAAGAAAGGGGUUUCAGAUCUGGAGCCGCAUCGAGCCUAGCUACACAAGAAUUUGUGGCGUUGGGACAACCUGUUCCCAUCUCUGCACGAAGCGCAACCCGCGGGCUUGACGCACCAGCCUCUCCACUACUUUCUUCUCCUGAAUCAUUCAGCCCGACGGCAACACCAAGCCUAUCAGACAUGGGGGACAAGCAAAAGGCCGACGGAUCGGGCGUAGUCAAUCGGCCUGACAGAAUCGUACAACGGAGGGCAUCCGCGUCUUUGGCUACGUCUUUAAAGCGCAAGGUUACCGAUUGCACGGAAGCUGAUUGCUCCUCUGCCAACGACGAAGAUUCGGACGAAGCGCCAGUGCCGCUGAUCGGAAAUGCUUUCAAGGCAAUGCACCGUAAGAAACGACACAAAUGCAGUCCGGAGCAAAUCGCCAAGCUGGAAUAUUUUUUUGCUAGCAAUCGGAACCCGACUGGCCAAGUGCGUGCUCAACUUGCAAGGGACUUGCUUAUGCCAGAAAGAUCAAUUCAAAUAUGGAUGCAAAAUCGCCGCGCCAAGCUCAAGCGCAAAGGAGAGGUCGUAGGGAGCCAGACCGCUCUGCAAGCAUCAUCUGCUUCGACCGUACAUGUGCCUCUGCCAUUACAAGCAGGAGCGAGCGAGUCAUCCCGCAGACGAAAGACAACGUCCACAACCAACGCCACUACCGCAGAGUCCGUUACCGUCAUCCCGGCGUACUCGCUCUGCAUUGGCACGUGGCGACGCGUCGGUCUUCUCAUCUGCUUCUUCUCGCGGCGUCUGCAGAAUCUCACUUGGUAUCUGCAGUCUGAAUCUGUUGGCUACAAGCUCGAGACACCAUGGUCCAUCGUUCAGAAGAUCACGUUCGACGGUCCCUUUGCCCCCACUGUGCCCGAGCAAGCGGAAGGGGUUGAAGGAUGGAUAGGUCACGUGUCCAUCAAGAUCGAACACUCGCCGACCUUCUUCAUGGAAGUCUUUCGCUCCGACCCUAGCUGUUUUUGGUCCUCCGAUGCAGAGUUUAAGCGCACGGCUGCGCGGCGGCAAUGUGCAGAUUUUACUGAGGGACAACAGGCAACAUCCGUCAUGACACACGUGAUCGUUGGCCCUUAUCAGGAAUUGAGAGAGGCCAUCGAACAGCUCAACCACGUGAAUGCCCCGUUUCAAGGCUCGAUCGAAUUUCAAGAUUUGGCCGUACAAGCCCAGCUACAGGCAAUUUCACAAACGGCCCGCACAACAGGGCAGCAAUCAUCCCUGUCUGCGAACCCUUCCGCUGCUCUUUCUGAUUUCCAGAAGUACAAGUCGCCAGACUGGUCGUGCGGCUAUUCGCAGGCGCAGCAGCAGCUGCAGAUAUUGCAGCCACCGUCUUAUGCAGCAGGAACAGCAGCGCCGUCGUCGGUCUCGCAACGAGGAGUGUCUUGGGAACCCUUACAGACGCAGCGAAGCUUGGGAGCGCUCACUUCAAGCCCAACUCCGCAUAGCGAUUUCGGACACGCGCAUGACAUGGCCCGCUCAUACAGCGGUGCUCCAGAGCCACGAGGAAUUGCAAACCACCAUCUUCCGCUUCUCUGUACUACGGGGCCAUCAUCCGCGGCAGGGACAAAUGCAUUACGGUCAACGCCUGGUAAUCCUACCGUGACCUCGCUCUCGCUGUGGAAUCACAACAGCCCAAAUGCCUCGUACAUGGAGCACAUGCGCCAAGCUUCUGGCAGUAGUAGCGCGGCUAGCUUAGGGAGCACGCAGCCUGCGCUGACUUCAUCCGACAGCAGCAUAUUUUCUCACAGCCGCAUACUAUCCUGGUGGGAGCACCAAGAUGGUCACACCGCCACACCCCAGCAAUCCAGCUAUGCGCAGGCCGCUACCACCAUGGCGGCGUUUACUUCCAUCGCCACGCUCGCGCACUGUCAGUUUACGCAAGGCGAAGACCCGCCUUUGCAGCAUCAUCAAUAUGACAGCCACGAAAGUAGCUCUGAUCUGACGCAGCGCUAAGCCUAGCCUUGCCUUAUCACGAGUCUACCGCCACAUUGCGGCACACGACUCCGAUUUCAGUUGUUUUAUCGCUUCCCGAUGCUGUUACCUAUCACACACGCUUUGCACUCCGCAUUUUCUCUCUCGAUUUAAGCUCAUGCAGCUUUAUUUUUGGUUCGCCUGCUCUUAAGUUGCUCCAAUGCACCAGGUAUUCCGCUCAGCAGACGCCACUUGCGUGCGGCUGU